GGCAACAGGCAAUAGGAACAGGUAAUAAAGAAAGAGAGAAAAAGAUCCUAUUUCUCUUUCUCUCUUUCAUUAUUUCUGUUCCUAUUGCCUGUUGCCUGGCAUUGUGUUUAGGCCCUCACUCUUUGUAAUUAUAACGAUCGUAACGACUAUUCUUUCGAAAAUGACCAUGUUCCGAUUUCGUUUAAAUUUUGAAAGUUAGGUUUCUUUUAGAGAGAAAAUACAUAUACGAGAAAAAUUUUUGGCAACUCGUUAUUAGGUGUAGUUAGGGAUCUGAAUUUCAUUUUAUGCAUGAAGAUAUAUAUUCAAUCGGAGGAUCACUAAAUAAAUAUUUAAAAAUAUAAUAAUUUUUUUGUUAAAUUUAUAGGAGAUAAUACUUUUUAUAUUAUCGCUUUAUGUGCUUGAAAAUAUGUACAUACAAGCGGUUGUUAAAACAACGAAAGUAAAAAAACAAAAAAAUCCGUACUAGCUGUUUCUUUUUCUUUCUAUUGCACACGAUAUUGACAUGUGACAUAAAUAUAAAACGCCUAGUAUGCUUUAUUUUAUUAAUGUAAAAGGUUUCGUUUAUAAUUAGCUUAUGACAUAAAUUUGUCAAGUCCUACUGUGACAAAGUGCAUUUACAUUAUAUAAAUUGAAAUAACUAUGAGACAAAGAAUGCCGGAAAUUGUUUCAAAUUAAAUUAUCACGUACUUUUUAUCCUUAGUCUAAAACUGUGUAACUAUCUCACCAAAUUUAUGUAGCAUAAUCUCUUCUCCAAUUCUUAUUAUAUAUUAUUCUUAUUAUAGUUAUCUACAAAAAUAUUUGCCUGUAGUUUCUACAGACAUAAAUAUUUUUGCCUAUUUUUAUUAAUCAUAAAUCUAAAUUAUAAUAAUGAGAGAGAUGCAGUUAAUUGGCUGACUAACAAUGAGAAAAAAAGGUGAUCUUGGAAGUGAAUCUAAAAGCAGGAUUGACAUCGAUAACCCACUUUGGAGCCAAGACACGUAUCUCGGAAGAUGGAAGCAUUACGCUUUCAUCACCGAUUGCCGCACGGUAAUCGUGCCGAAGAGCGAAUUGUGGGAAGCAAAAAAACUUUGCGAGGACUACAAAGCCGGAAAGGAGCCGAAGGGUCUACAGAGAAGGGACAUAAUUUACGCGAAGAAACUCAGGGACAGCGCUUUCCAUCCCGAUAAUAAUGAGUUUAUGCAUGUAAUAGGGAGAAUGGCCUUCCAACUGCCCAGUUCCAUCGCCAUCACCGCCGCUAUGUUGACCUUUUACAAAACCGCCUUCGGCGUGAUAGCGUGCCAACUGGUUAAUCAGGGCUUCAAUGCGUUUGUUAAUUACACCAAUCGAAACGCGAUGAGCGACGACCCGCAGGACACCAACGUUAUCCGACAGGCGUUUGUGCUCGCCACCGCGGCGAGCUGUGCGGCCGCUUUGGGAUUCAGAAAGCUCUUUUCCGGCAAAGGAACUCUCUUAGCAAGAUUUGUUCCGUUUUGUGCGGUGGCUGUCGGCAACAUGGUGAAUCUCCCCAUCAUGAGGCAGCGUGAAAUCGCACGAGGUAUUCCUAUAUUCACCAAGAACGGCGACGAAGUGUGCGUCAUGAAGUCACAGCUGGCCGCCGUCAAGGGCAUCUCCGAGUGCAUCCUCACGAGGAUAAUAAUGGCUGCGCCCGGAAUGCUGAUGAUCCCAGUUAUCACGCAACGAAUGCGAUUGUAUCGUUGCUAUCAGCUUCGUCCAUGGAUCGGUUUUCCCGUUGAAAUCGGCUUGCUCACACUCUUUUUGUUGUUUAUGAUUCCUUCGGCGCUUGCCAUUUUUCCGCAGAAAAACUCGAUGAAGCCGGAACUGUUAAAAAUAUAUCCGGAAGAAUACGAAAUAUUUCAAGAGAGAAUGGGUCAGCGUAAACAUCCAAAGAAAGUUUAUUAUAAUAAAGGAUUGUAGAUAAAUAACAAAAUAUACUUAUAUUUUAUUUUUUGUAAAUAUACAUGUAUAUGUAUUAUUGAAUUUUUUAUUCAAUCUGUGAAGCUCUAAAUUUUCAAAAUAUCUAAUUAUAAGAAUGGAUAAAACCAUAUAUAAGUCAAAUAAUAUUCAAUUAUCAAACUACAUUUAUUAACACAAUAGUUAUACUAUAGAUAAUACUUUAUCUUUUAUUAUAAAUUAUAUAUCUUAGUAAAAAAUCGAUGUUGAAUUGAUGUCUCUUUGAAUCGAUCAAAAAGAUAUAAAUUUGACGUUAAUUCAAUUCCUUUCGAUCAUAUUUCUCACUAAGAUGUAAUAGAGUUUCUUAUUGUAUCUCUGUGGCAGCAUUUUUACUUUUGACAGGCUUCUUGAAAUUUAAUAAUAUUAAUGUAACAUUAAGUAAUAUUUCUCUGCAUUUAAGUAAAAUUGCAUUAAAAGUAUAUUUACAAAUUAACAUUAAGAUGAGGAACAAUUAAACGCUUAUUAAAAUAAAAUUAUUGCUGUGUAAUUGUUUACAAAAUAAAAAGCACUAAUUUAUAUUGUCAAUAUUUCAUCCUUUACUAUUUAUUGUUUCUAUUGCAUCGCAUAUAUCAAUUUCUUUCAUUGUAAAAUAUUUCAGUCUGCUAACGAAGUUUUAUUUAUCAACCUAUAAACAUUUACUUUCCGCAACUAAUUAAUUUAAAUCUUAAUUUGACUAUAAAUACUAAUUUUAAUAUUAUUAUUAACAU